GUAUACAAUAGCCCACAAACCCCGCCUUAAUGAAUGGGCCUUUAAUUUUCAGGCCGAUGAAGUGACCUAUUGCCCAAAUUUCAAACCCAGCAACAAUCGUCUUCUUCCUCAGGUUCGUUCUCGCCGUUCUGCGUCUUCACCGGCACCAUUAUUCCUCUAACCUUCACACCCUUUUCUCAGCUUCACUUCCGAAGCAAAGCAUGGAGAAGCAAACCUUGGAGAAAUCGCGCCGGGAACGAAGGAAAGAAUCCCGCUUGGCAAAGAAUGCAUCAAAACAUCACUCCUGGCUCCUCCACCAGAAAUCUCGAGCUUUGAAAAAACAUGGCAACAAUUCAGAUUCAGAGUUAGAAACUAAAAGCAAAUCCGACACAUCAGUUAGUCCUAGUGUCAAGGAAACACAAAUUGAGAAGUUGGAAUCUUACUCUAGGAAACAUGAGACAGAUGAAGAAUACAUGUUGUCAGAGGAAGAACAUGGUGGUUCUGUUGCAAAGAAAAAGAAGAAAACAAAGAAGGGUUUUUCUAACAAAUGUUCCAGGAAGAGCAUGGUGGAGAUGAUGGGCCUGCAGGAUGUUUCUAUAGCUGCCAAAAAGGAUCUAGAACUUGAAAGGAAGCUUUCCAAGAAGCUCAAGGUGAAGGAAGGAAAAUUGAGGGGACUGGAUGAUGGGCUGAACAUAAUACUCGAUGGAAUGUCGUCAGCUUUUGAUUUCAUGGGAGAAGGGGGGGUUCUUGGUACUGGUGAAUUGUCCACGAAGAGAUUGAAGAAGAGCUCAUCGACUAAGAAGGACAAGUUUUCAAAGAAAAGAAUGAAAGUGGAAGCAAUGGAUGAUGUAUCACGGCAUGUAGAAACUUCUGAAGAAGACGUAGAAUCGGAUGAUGUUCCUGAUAGUGCACCUUCAAGGAAGAAAAUUAAGAAAAGGAAAUUGUCGGGUCAACAGCAGGAAGACAAUGCGGAGGAUGAUGGUGUUGGCAUAUCCAAGCCUAUGAAAUCUUGUGGAAUGGAAGCGGAAUUGGGGGAUGCUCCUGCUGAAGUUCCGGAAAAGAAAGCCAAAGAAAAAUAUAUAGCGCCUCACUUGAGAGCUCGUGCAGGCAAUGAACCUGAAGAGCAUACUCAAAUUCGAAGACGUGUGCGUGGCCUUCUUAAUAGACUUUCUGAAUCUAAUGUUGAGUCAAUUACUGGGGAAUUGUCCUUGAUCUUUCAGUCUGUUGCUCGUAGUGUUGCUACACAGAUCUUGACUGAGGAAGUUUUGGCAUCAUGUUCUAGUGGUCCUCGUGGAAAUCAACAGUAUGCUGCUGUUUUUGCUGCAUUUGUUGCUGGGAUGGCAUGCUUGGUCGGUGUUGACUUCAGUGCAAAGUUUAUGGCUUCCUUUGCAAAAUGCUUUGAGGAUGAGUACAAUAAAGAAGACAAUCUCUCCUUGCGGAAUCUUACUCUUCUCUUAUCCUAUUUAUGCAUAUUUGGAGUCUGUUCUAGUGAUUUAAUAUAUGACUUUUUGGUCAUGCUGAGCAAGCGUUUAACUGAGGCAGAUGUAUCUAUCAUUUUGGCAUUGUUACAAUGUUGUGGGAUGAAAAUAAGGGCUGAUGAUCCAGCUGCCAUGAAAGAUUUCAUUCUUAGUAUUCAGAAUACAUCAAAUAAGUUGAAGGCUUCCUCUGGAGAUGACAAUGAAAAGCAAAAUAGUAAAAGAAUGGAGUUCAUGCUUGAAAUCGUAUGUGACAUCAAGAAUAACAAAAGAAAGCCAAAUGAGGACUCUGCACAUCACACUCGGAUUAAGAAGUGGUUACAAAAGUUGAGAGUUGAUGACAUUUUGAUUAGAGGGUUUAAAUGGAGCAAGUUACUUGAUCCUGACAAGAAGGGCCAAUGGUGGUUGUCUGGGGAUGUGGCUUCUUCAACAGGUAAUGUUGAAGAAGUUGCCAACAGAAUAGACAAGGAUGUUCAUGAAACCCAAAGAAUGCUUCAGCUCGCCGCUGCUCAAAAGAUGAACACAGAUGCCCGAAGGGCAAUCUUUUGUAUAAUAAUGAGUGGGGAGGACUAUCUUGAUGCAUUUGAGAAGCUUCUAAGAUUGGAGUUACCAGGCAAGCAGGACAGAGAUAUCAUGCGGGUUCUUGUGGAGUGUUGCUUGCAAGAGAAAGUUUUUAACAAGUAUUAUACAGUGCUGGCUUCCAAGUUAUGCGAGCAUGACAAAAAUCACAAGUUUACUCUACAGUUUUGCCUGUGGGACCAGUUUAAGGACCUGGAGUCAAUGCCGCUAAUGAGAUCAAUGCACCUUGCAAAAUUUGUGGCUGAAAUGGUUUCCUCUUUCACUCUCUCCCUUUCUGUUUUGAAGACUGUGGAUCUGAAUGAUAUCACCCUAUUGACACCAAAAAGGAUCAUGCAUUUCCGCAUUCUGUUUGAGUCCAUUUUAGAGUAUCCUGAAAACCUGGUAUGGAAUAUCUUCACACGUGCAGCAGUGACCCCUGAACUUGAAAGUUUUAGGCAAGGCCUUGAGUUUUUCAUAAAGGAGUAUAUUGUGAAAAACAAUAAAGAUCUAAGUCAAAAGUUUAAGUUAGCAAAAAGGGCCCUUAAUAAUGUGGAAGGAAUUUUGAUGUGAAAGUAAAUUUUGGAUUCUACCCAAUUUUGUAGCUUAAAAUUUGUAUCCAUUUUUAUGGCAAGUACAGGUUGGCACAUUAAUGAUGUCUCUAGAGAGGAACUGUUAAGCUUUAGCGGAUAAUUUGGAAAAUUUUGAUUAUCAUUGCCUUGAUUAAAUGCUGUAAAGUAUUUUUUUAUUGAAAGUGGAGUUCAAAGCUUGUCAAGUAUUACAAACUUUAAGGACAAGUGCCAAAGGUUUGAAGCUGAGGUU